UCAAGGAACACGGCCCAGUUCCUCAUUUGAAAUGAGGGGGGCUUGCAAUGUACCCUCAUCGACCCCCCUUCUCGCGCCCACCCCGGCAGGCACCACCGAUUGUUGACAAAGACACCGCGAGACAGAGAAGUCUUGGUUUUUAGCAUUACGCCAUCGGAGGCCUACCGAUAAACCGUCCGUUGACGGAGAACGGGAAAGCAACGCAAACGUCUUGAAAACCAACCGUGUGGCCGGCUCGAGGCGAUUCGUAAUCGUUACCUAGUGGUCGGACCGCAGACCUCGCCGCGUGAAGAGGACACCUCCGGCGAACCACAGCCACCUUUACCUACCCACACCGACAGAAUGAUCACGGCGGGUCGGGAUGGGUUGGCGUCGGUGUGAUUAACGUAUCUCAAGGAGUCUUCCGUACCUAGAAGAACCAAGAGGCCGGGGUCCAGGCGAGAUCUGGCCGGGCAUGGUGUGAUCUGAGUCGGGCAGCCAGUCUGGAUCUGACCGGUGACCACCCGUCCUUUCCCCGGAGCCUUUGUGGCUCCAAGCCGCGUCCAGACCACUCCAAGAUGGGGAAUUGUGACGGGAGAUGCACGCUGGUGGCGAUAUGUUCACUGCAGCUGAUGGCAGCACUACAGAGACAGGUGUUUGACUUCCUGGGCUACCAGUGGGCUCCUAUCCUGGCCAACUUCCUCCACAUCAUGGCCGUCAUACUGGGGAUCUUUGGAACCGUGCAGUUCAGAUCCCGCUACCUCAUACUGUAUGCAGUGUGGUUGGUGCUGUGGGUGGGAUGGAACUCCUUUAUCAUCUGUUUCUACCUGGAGGUGGGACACUUGUCUCAGGACAGGGACUUCCUGAUGACUUUCAACACAUCGCUGCAUCGGUCAUGGUGGAUGGAGCAUGGCCCUGGUUGCCUAGUAACACCAGUGUUGGACUCCCGCAUUGCCCCUGAUGACCACCAUGUCAUCACCGUCUCCGGCUGUCUCCUUGACUACCAGUACAUUGAGGUGUUGAGCUCCGCACUACAGGUCCUACUGGCUCUCUUUGGCAUUGUGUAUGCCUGCUACGUGAGCAAAGUCUUCCAGGAUGACGAGGAUAGCUUUGAUUUCAUUGGUGGCUUUGACUCCUAUGGUUACCAGCCUCCUCAGAAGACCUCCCACCUCCAACUGCAGCCCCUCUACACUGCUGGGUAGGUGAAGGUGGUGCCCCUAUCAGACAACACCUCAGCGGGGAAGCGGAGUCGCCAUGGGAAUGGAACAUUCACUCUGUGUGUCACAGUACAACUGAACGAUAGACUCACCUAUGUGUGUAUGUGAAACCGUGUGUGUAUGUGUUAACCAAGGGUAAACUGACUGACACCCCUGAGGUGAAUGUACAGAGGGAGGAACCCGCAGGUCUAGGGGGAAGCAGGGGCAGACACUGGGCGUGGUCACAUCCUAAUGGACACUGAGGAUAUUGAGACAACACUGCACCUACCGGCUCUCCACAUUCCUGCGACCUUUGUGUGUGUGUGUGUGUGUGUGUGUGGCACUACAGGACUAGCUGGAUGACCUCUGAACUAUUGUGGAAGGGGCCUCGAAGUCACAUGGGGCACAGCUCUUCAUGUUGUCGUUUUAGAAUGUGAUGAUGUCGUAAUAGAACAGUCGAAUUCCAAGCUUGUCCCUAGUUCUGUUGUGACAGGGUGACUUUGUUUAAACACAAUCACGGCAAAAAUGGGCUGGUUAGGGAUUGGGCUUUAGUGUCUCUGGGUAAAUAUAUAGGGGAUUCUGUGCAUGUACAUAUCUGGCUGAUGAAUGGUUGUUGUUUUUGUUUGGUGGUGAGGGGGUGAUCGUGUAGCCACGUCCCUUUACAUUUCUCCUCUCACCUUUUAGACGACCCAGGGAGAAUCUCAAUUGCAUACUUCUCGCAUCCUCUCCUCGCCUCCUCAAAACCAAUUGGAGGAGAAUGUUCGAGGGGAGUGACCUCUGGCUUUCUCAUCCAAUGGGUUUUGAGAAGGAGCGCGGAGAGAGAUGAUGUGAGGAGUAUGUAAUUGAGAUUCUCCCCCAAUGUCCUCCUUGACUUUGGGGGAGAAUGCGUCCUCCCUCACACCCUCCUAUCCUUCCUUCCUUUUCUUCUCUCCUUACACUUCAUUCAUUCACUCGCUCUUUCCUUCCCUCCAUCCCUAAAGAUACAGUAUCACUGGCCUGACCUGAUGAUAUUGAUGAAAGGAAUAUAUGAAGGACACUGAUUUAUUUCAGGGAGCAUUUCCAGGAAGGAAGAGAGGAGAGGACAGGAGGGCUGUAUUUCUGAAGUGGUUUACUUGGGUGAGACAGACGUGUGUGUGUGUGUGUGGAGACAUUGGGGGAGGGGUUUGGAGAAAUAAAUAAACUUUCUAAAUUAAA